GGUUGUAGUGCGGCGCUCCAUUGUGCUCGUGCUGAGUUCCGCGUGGCGCCCCCGCCCCGAGCUGAGUUCCGCGUGGGCACCUCCGGCCCCGGCACAGCCGUGACCGGACAGCGAGGUUUCUCGAGACUCCUCGCAUCCGGAUGAUUGUAAAGUGCUGAUCAGUGGCCACUGAAUAUAAUUGAAACAGAAUAGGAAGAUGGCAGCAAAUCCUUCAGGACAAGGUUUUCAAAAUAAAAAUAGAGUUGCGAUCUUGGCUGAACUGGACAAAGAGAAAAGAAAAUUACUUAUGCAAAACCAAUCUUCAGCAAGUCACCCUGGAGCUAGCAUCUCCCUCUCCAGACCCUCUCUUAACAAGGACUUCCGGGACCAUGCUGAGCAGCAGCACAUUGCAGCCCAGCAGAAGGCAGCUCUGCAGCAUGCUCACGCACAUUCGUCUGGAUACUUCAUAACUCAAGACUCGGCAUUUGGGAAUCUUAUCCUUCCUGUCUUACAGCGCCUUGACCCAGAAUGAAGAAAGUACCUAUGAUCAGAGGGACCAUGUAGUUAGUA